GUUGCCCCUUUUCUUCACUCAAAGCAGAGUGUUAGAAUAGAAAAAAAGGGAAUUUAUUCUUUGUCGCCAUGGAAAUAGCUUCGAGCUCAACAAAAUUCAAAUGGGUCACUGCAUUUCUUCUUCUUCUUACUUGCUCAGCUGCUGGACAAGUUCAAGAUGGCUCGUUAGUUAACGGUAAUUUUGAGACCCCGCCGUCAGGCGGUUUCUCUUCCGGCGACGGAUUCUCCGACGGGCCAUCCGAAAUCCCCAGCUGGAAAUCAAACGGCACAGUAGAGGUAGUGGAAUCCGGGCAAAAACAGGGUGGAAUGAUCCUCAUCGUACCACAAGGUAGACACGCAGUUCGGCUUGGAAACGACGCCGAGAUAAGCCAAGAGCUCAAAGUAGAGAAAGGCUCCAUUUACUCAAUCACUUUCAGCGCGGCUCGCACGUGCGCUCAGCUAGAGUCACUCAACGUUUCAGUUCCUCCGGCCUCACAGACCAUUGAUCUUCAAACUCUGUAUAAUGUUCAGGGCUGGGAUUCCUACGCGUGGGCCUUUCAGGCUGAAGAAGAUGACGUGCGGGUCGUUUUUACAAAUCCUGGCAUGGAAGAUGACCCCACUUGUGGACCCAUUAUUGAUGAUAUUGCUAUCAAGAAGCUUUUCGUUCCAGCUAAGUCAAAAAAUAAUGCAGUACUUAAUGGAGACUUUGAAGAAGGUCCAUGGAUGUUUAGGAAUACUUCUCUCGGUGUUCUUCUUCCAACCAACCUCGACGAGGAAACAUCAUCGCUCCCUGGUUGGAUAGUUGAAUCAAAUCGAGCAGUUCGAUACAUCGAUACAUAUCACUUCACAGUUCCAGAAGGGAAGAGAGCAAUAGAAUUGCUUUCAGGAAAAGAAGGCAUUAUAUCCCAGAUGGUUGAAACCAAGCCUAAUAAGCCAUACAGAUUGACAUUUUUGUUUGGCCAUGCAGGGGAUUCAUGCAAGGAACCACUAGCAAUUAUGGCCUUUGCCGGUGAUCAAGCUCAAAACAUCCAUUACACUCCCAAUUUCAAUUCUUCAUUUCAGAAUGCUAACCUGAAUUUCACGGCCAAGGCGGACAGGACACGUAUCGCGUUCUAUAGUAUAUAUUACAAUACAAGAAGUGAUGAUAUGAGCUCUCUUUGUGGACCUGUUGUGGAUGAUGUGAGGGUUGAGCUGUCUGCGUCUAGCAGAGUCAAGGUUUUUGGGUUUGGGUUUAUGUUUUGGUUGUUAGUCUUAGUUUUGGGUUAAUCUCAUGAAUAGCUUUCUGUUCCACUUAUGGGGAUCCAAUGUAGUACUACAGCAGGGAGGUCCAUAAUCGGGCGCCCCCGGCAUAAGAAAGAAAAAAAAAGUUGGUUGUAUUAAAAGAGGGUAUGUAUGUCUUGUCAUGUCAAUGUAGUAUGUCUUGGUAUUUUUGCAAUCAAAAUUUGAAAGUGCUUCAUUUUGUUAAGGUUCAGUAAUCUUGGGAUCCUUUA